AUGGAUUUUCAAGAUAUUCAGGAUUUAGAGGCGGCUCGCAAAGCCGCUAUCAACGAUGACAAUGAAGAAGUCUUUGAGGAGGACGCCGCGCCGCCGCCAAAAGGAGGCAAGACAGCGCAUCAUAUUCGCGCAAACAGUUCUAUUAUGCAUCUGAACAAGCUGCUGGUGGCUAACAGAGGAGAAAUUCCUAUUCGUAUCUUUAGAACAGCUCACGAAUUAUCGCUGCACACCAUCGCAGUUUUCAGUUAUGAGGACCGACUCAGUAUGCAUCGGCAAAAGGCCGACGAAGCCUACGUCAUCGGAAAGCGAGGACAAUAUACCCCGGUCGGCGCUUACCUCGCUGGCGACGAAAUUAUUAAGAUUGCCUUAGAACACGGCGCUCAGAUGAUUCAUCCUGGAUAUGGUUUCCUGUCUGAAAAUGCCGAAUUUGCCCGAAACGUCGAGAAAGCCGGUCUUAUCUUUGUCGGUCCCUCUCCUGAUGUUAUUGACUCACUUGGUGAUAAAGUAUCUGCCCGAACACUAGCUAUUGCCGCGAACGUUCCCGUCGUGCCGGGAACCGAGGGCGCGGUAGCUGCAUUUGAGGAUGUAAAGAAGUUCACUGACGAAUAUGGAUUCCCUAUCAUUAUCAAGGCUGCCUAUGGUGGUGGUGGCCGAGGUAUGAGAGUUGUGCGUGAGCAAUCAACCCUCAAAGAAUCCUUUGAGAGAGCUACUUCCGAGGCAAAGACGGCAUUCGGAAAUGGCACGGUGUUCGUUGAGCGCUUCUUAGACAAGCCCAAGCACAUUGAAGUCCAACUACUAGGAGACAACCACGGAAACAUUGUGCACCUAUACGAGCGAGACUGCUCGGUCCAGCGGAGACAUCAGAAGGUGGUUGAAAUCGCACCCGCCAAAGAUCUUCCCGCGGAGACCCGAGAUGCCAUUCUGGCCGACGCAGUUAAACUGGCCAAGUCCGUGAAUUACCGAAAUGCGGGUACCGCAGAGUUCUUAGUCGACCAACAGAACCGCUACUACUUCAUUGAAAUCAACCCGCGUAUUCAGGUCGAACAUACUAUUACCGAGGAAAUCACCGGUAUUGACAUUGUCGCUGCUCAAAUCCAAAUUGCCGCGGGUGCUUCACUCCAGCAGCUCGGCUUAACUCAAGACCGAAUUUCGACACGAGGUUUCGCGAUUCAGUGUCGAAUCACUACCGAAGACCCAUCAAAACAAUUCCAGCCAGAUACUGGAAAGAUUGAGGUGUACAGAUCUGCUGGUGGCAAUGGAGUGCGUCUCGACGGUGGCAAUGGCUUCGCUGGUGCGGUUAUUACCCCGUACUAUGACUCCAUGUUGGUCAAGUGCACAUGCCACGGUUCAACCUACGAGAUUGCGCGCCGAAAGAUUCUUCGAGCUCUCAUCGAGUUCCGUAUCCGUGGUGUGAAGACGAACAUUCCGUUCCUUGCCUCAUUACUGACACAUCCCACCUUCAUCGAUGGUAACUGCUGGACAACAUUUAUCGAUGACACUCCUCAGCUGUUCGACCUCAUCGGCAGCCAGAACCGUGCCCAGAAGCUGCUAGCUUACCUUGGCGAUAUCGCAGUCAAUGGAAGCAGUAUCAAGGGCCAGAUCGGUGAGCCUAAGUUCAAGGGUGAUAUCAUCCUUCCAGAACUUCUCAAUGCCGACGGCUCUAAGCUUGAUACCACACAGCCCUCCACUAAGGGCUGGAGGAAAAUUAUCCUCGAACAAGGUCCUAAGGCGUUCGCCAAGGCCGUUCGACAGUACAAGGGUUGUCUGUUGAUGGACACGACUUGGCGCGAUGCCCACCAGUCUUUACUGGCCACUCGUGUACGAACGAUCGACCUUCUAGGAAUCGCAAAGGAGACUAGCCAUGCUCUCGACAACCUAUACAGUUUGGAAUGCUGGGGAGGCGCUACUUUCGAUGUCGCUAUGCGCUUCCUCUACGAGGACCCGUGGGACCGCCUUCGCAAGAUGCGAAAGGCCAUUCCAAAUAUCCCCUUCCAGAUGCUUCUUCGAGGAGCAAACGGCGUGGCUUAUGCUUCGCUUCCCGAUAAUGCUAUCGAACAUUUCGUCGAACAAGCGAAGAAGAACGGUGUCGAUAUCUUCCGUGUAUUUGAUGCCUUGAAUGAUAUUAAUCAGCUCGAAGUUGGAAUCAAAGCCGUACAGAAAGCUGGUGGCGUAGCUGAAGGUACCGUUUGCUACAGCGGAGAUAUGUUGAACCCCAAGAAGAAGUACAACCUUGAGUAUUAUCUCGACUUGGUCGACAAGCUAGUGGCACUGGAUAUCGACGUCCUUGGAAUCAAGGAUAUGGCUGGUGUGUUGAAGCCUCGUGCUGCGACCCUUCUCAUCGGGUCUAUUCGCAAGAAGUACCCCGACCUACCAAUCCACGUCCACACUCACGAUUCUGCCGGUACUGGUGUGGCUUCUAUGGUCGCUUGUGCCCAAGCUGGUGCCGACGCUGUCGAUGCCGCUACAGACAGUCUCUCGGGAAUGACGUCCCAACCGAGCAUCAAUGCCAUUAUUGCGUCGCUCGAGGGUUCUGAAUUCGACCCUGGUCUAAACCCUGCACACGUUCGUGCUCUCGACACCUACUGGUCGCAACUACGCCUUCUGUAUUCGCCUUUCGAGGCUCACCUCAUCGGACCCGACCCUGAAGUUUAUGAGCAUGAGAUUCCCGGUGGUCAACUGACCAACAUGAUGUUCCAGGCCGCCCAGCUUGGUCUCGGCUCUCAAUGGACUGAGACCAAGAAGGCAUACGAACACGCCAACGACCUCCUCGGAGAUAUCGUCAAGGUUACACCAACCUCCAAGGUUGUCGGUGAUCUAGCUCAAUUCAUGGUCUCGAACAAACUCUCAUCUAAGGACGUUGUUGACCGAGCCGGCGAGCUCGAUUUCCCCGGCUCAGUCCUCGAAUUCCUCGAGGGCAUGAUGGGACAGCCUUACGGCGGAUUCCCUGAGCCCCUGCGCUCAAAGGCUCUUAGAAAUCGCCGAAAGUUUGACAAGCGACCUGGUCUUUACCUCGACCCCGUCGACUUCAAGAAGACACGCUCCGAGCUUACGCAGAAAUGGGGUCAGAUCACCGAGACUGAUGUGGCCUCUUACCUCAUGUACCCCAAGGUGUACGACGACUACAAGAAGUUUGUGCAGAAGUUUGGUGACCUCUCGGUCCUGCCGACCAAGUACUUCCUCUCUGCGCCGCAAAUUGGCGAAGAGUUCCAUGUCGAGCUAGAGAAGGGUAAAGUCCUGAUCCUAAAGCUACUAGCUGUUGGUCCAUUGUCCGAGAACACAGGUCAACGAGAAGUGUUCUACGAGAUGAACGGUGAAGUUCGUCAAGUCACAGUUGACGACAAGAAGGCUAGCGUUGAGAAUAUUAGCCGACCGAAGGCCAAUCCUGGCGAUUCCAGCCAGGUCGGUGCCCCGAUGGCUGGUGUCCUGGUUGAAUUGAGAGUCCAUGAGGGCACCGAGGUCAAGAAGGGCGAUCCAUUGGCUGUGCUCAGCGCCAUGAAGAUGGAAAUGGUUAUAUCAGCUCCUCACAACGGCAAGGUAUCAGACCUUCAAGUAAGAGAGGGCGAUUCGGUCGACGGAUCAGACUUGGUGUGCAAGAUUGUGAAGCCUUAA